AUGGCUGUACUGAGGUAUUUUCAUACUGCUCUAGUUAUAAGAGGCACAUACUGGCCAAACACGCCCAUAAAGUUAAACAACCAACCUCACUUCAUUGAGUCUAUCUUACUCUAUGCAUCAGUAAUGAACUCUUCAUGGAAGGAGCAGUUGGGCGUGUCAUGUACAAGAUGUGAAUACCCUGUCGACAGUUAUUCUUUGUUUACAGAAGAGAAGAAGGCUUUGGCAUUCUACACAUUGCCACUACUUCUUGGUGCAAAGUCAAAGGGUGGACAAGUGGGUGGAUGUUUUGGUAUGACCAUGGAGGCAUUCAUUGACCUGCAACCGGCAAUCACCAACAUUGAAGGCUACUUGAAGGGUAUUGACGGAUUGGAGAGACCGCAGCCAUUUGUUCUUGCUCUAGUUGGUAAGAACAAACUGUUACCAUCGCAGGUGUUCACAGUAAUGGAACGCCGAGCAAUUGAGGCGCCGAGUCUACUCAAAGGAAUUGACAUGGCCUUUAAGGCACAUUAUGUAUUUAAUGUGUCUUACCAGCAAAAGGUAAAAGCUGUUUGGGAGUUUCUUCAGUGUGUGAUUUAUGAACUUCCAGGAAAAGUCAGGCCUGCAGUGCGAGACAUGCGUGCCUACCUAAUGGAAGCAGCAAGAAAAGGCAUUAGAUAGAUAGAUUGUUGGACAGACUAUAUUGGUCAGGCCAGUGUCAUUUUCUACACCAGACCUCUUGACACCGUUUUUAAUAAAGUUAAAAUUCUUCUUGUUCUCAUGUUACAAAGUUUUACAUUAUUUUGUAAAAGGUGGUGUGUUCCCCCCCCCCCAUUUCCGAAAACGGGUUUUCUAAAAGAAAGAAAACAAUAAUUAAAUUCACACACAAAAAUUAAUCCAUACAAAUCUUCAGCAAACUUGGUGUUCAUUUGUUUUCAAUCAGCUAAUUACUAUUUCUUCUUUAUCAGUCAUCUUGUGGACUUUUAUAUUGUGCGAAUUUCAAUUGUUGCAAUUGAAACUGUUGCAUUUUCAAAUACAGUUCACUCAAAGAUUGCAAUGUUUUAGAUGCAAACAUUUCUCAUCCGUAUUGGUACAACACCUUUGUAAAAAUUCAGAUUUAAACUAAAAUUACCAAAGCCAUAAUAUUAUACCUUUAAUUCAUUACUUUUGUUAUAUAAAGAGUUCUCCAAAGCUGUGAGCAGUUCAACUUAAUAAAUUGUCAGCACAUUUGUUUGUGUCUGUACAAUAACAUUGUACUUUCACUGAGCUUUUAAACAACUAAGCACUUGAGAAAAUCACAGGAUAUUUUGUUAGUCCACUUUGAAUUUUGGAACAGUGCAGCCAUAUUUUGCCUGCCCUGAGCAUAUUCACCCUCUUGGAAAAGAUAGCACAAAAUUUCAAAUCAUGGAGAGGGCUACAAGGUUAUUUGCCAUUUGAGCCUCAGUUUGGUUACAUUACUUUGAAAAGAAGAACAACAAGAUGGCUGCACCAUGAUAAAACUUUAUAGUUAUAUUAAUUAGCUGCAACCAUUAUUUUUUACAUGUACACUCAUUGAUCACAAUCCAUACCAUUGUUAUAUUUACAUAGAAGCGUUUUGUAUAAAGCAGCACUUAGUUGUUUUUAAAGAACUACCUCAAGCUCCAUGUAAAUUCAUCAAUUUACUUUUUUUACUAUAACUAAAAUUCACAUCUAAAAAAAUUAAUCAUUUUCAGGAAUAUUUCUCUAAAUGCCACAACUGCCUCGUUAAGCAAAUACAGGGUUGGUGCAGUUGGUAAUCUAAACAUGAAAUAAUCCGAGGUAUUUUUGUCUUUCCUCUUUUUGCAAACCCAAUGUGGUCUGUGUAGUUAAGUAAAACAAGUUUUAUCACGUUUAAGUGUUUUAAAAAAUAGUGUUUUAAUCGUGAUAUGCAAUAUAUAUAUAUAUAUAAACCUAUAUUUUAUUUUUGUGUACUAUUCAUGCUGAUUAUGUCUGCUAAAUUAAAGAAUCACCUUGAUGUUGAUGUGAUAUGUUUGCCAGGAUUAAACAAAAUAUACAAAUAUCAAUAAUUUAUAAAAAUGUGUUUAUCUUUCUCUUUGUAAUCAAUAUUUAGGAAACACAGUGCCCAUGAGUUAGCUACAUCAGUUUACAAACAAGUAGUUAACGCCCCCUCCCCCCCCCCGAUGGGAAAA